UCCAGUGCAGUAGGGAAACUAGACAAGUGGAUCACAAUGCAUACAGUGUGGCCAACUGGGGGCUGAGGAAAGGUUUACCGGAAUAAGUGAGGCCCAACCUGAUGCCUGAGAAAUCGGGGUGAGGGCAAACGCGGACUGUUUGGGGAACUCCUGCAAGUCUAGUGUGACCGGAGUGUGGUGUAGAGGCCGCAGGUGCUGCGGGGCAGGAGUGUGGGGGAGCAAGGCUGGAGGGGCAGAGACGCUGCAUCACAGAGAGCCUUGGAAGCCAUGGUUGGGAGAUGGACAAUGGGGUGCCACUUUUUGAAGCACGAGAGUGACAUGAUCACAUGUAUGCUGACUUCAGGGUGGAAAAUGGGUGCUGGGAGAGGGUAGAGACUGGAGAUGGCAAUCCAGAUGCCAAGAUGUGGGAAUUAGCAGUUGUAAUGAGAAAGGCCUAGAUAAGAAAAAAAUGUAAAUCAGGACCUACUGACUACUUCUGAGAGAAGAGAAAUGGGCCCAGGAGGCCUGGUGGAAGGUUUGGUUAUUUAUGUUCCUUUUGCUGGCAACAUCAGCCUCUUUUUCUGCCCCCAUGGCUUCUAGCUGGACAGUCCCCUCUGAGGAAUCCCUCAUGGGAGUUCAUCCCCAAUACUCCCCCUUUCCCUCAGUCCUAAGGAACACCACUCUUCAUGUCACACAGACAGUGCUGGGCUGAGUCGCCAUCAUGCUAGGGUGGCUCGCCCUCCCGGCACUCUGCAGUUUCCUCCUCCCUUGGACCUUCACCAUCUUCCAUACAGCCCUGGGGGACACAGCGCCCCACCCCGGCCCCCACUACCUCCUGCCCCCCAUCCACGAGGUGAUUCACUCUCGUCGUGGGGCCACGGCCACGCUACCCUGCGUCCUGGGCGCCCCGCCUCCCAGCUACAAGGUGCGCUGGAGCAAAGUGGAGCUGGGGGAGCUCCGGGAAAUGCCGAUUCUCAUCACCAACGGGCUCCACGCCCGGGGCUACGGGCCCCUGGGGGGACGUGCGAGGAUGCGGAGGGGGCAUCGGCUAGACGCCUCCCUUGUCAUCGCUGGCGUGCGCCUGGAGGACGAGGGCAGGUACCGCUGCGAGCUCAUCAACGGCAUGGAGGACGAGAGCGUGGCGCUGACGCUGCGCCUGGAAGGUGUGGUGUUUCCGUACCAGCCCAGCCGGGGCCGCUACCAGUUCAAUUACUACGAGGCCAAGCAGGCGUGCGAGGAGCAGGACGGCCGCCUGGCCACCUACGCGCAGCUGUACCAGGCGUGGACCGAGGGUCUGGACUGGUGUAACGCCGGCUGGCUGCUCGACGGCUCCGUGCGCUACCCCGUGCUCACGGCGCGCGCUCCAUGCGGCGGCCGGGGCCGGCCCGGGAUCCGCAGCUACGGACCGCGCGACUGGAAGCGCGACCGCUACGACGCCUUCUGCUUCUCCUCGGCGCUGGCGGGCGACGUGUUCUUCGUUCCCGGGCGGCUGACGCUGUCCGAAGCCCACGCGGCGUGCAGGCGGCGCGGGGCCGUGGUGGCCAAGGUCGGGCACCUCUACGCCGCCUGGAAAUUCUCGGGCCUGGACCAAUGCGACGGCGGCUGGCUGUCGGACGGCAGCGUGCGCUUCCCUAUCACCACGCCGCGGCCGCGCUGUGGGGGCCUCCCGGAUCCCGGGGUGCGCAGCUUCGGCUUCCCCAGCCCCCAACAGCCGGCCUACGGGACCUACUGCUACUCCGAGAACUAGGGACCCACCUCACGGCCGUGCGACAAAGCCUGGGGGUCGUGGCGGGGUCCCUCGCCGCCCCUUUCCCGUAAGCCUCCGCUCCCGCCAGACGGAGCGGCCCUCCUGACCCGCU